UGAUUGAAAAGAAGUAACCUAACCUCAUUCUGCAAGUAACUUAAAAUUUUAGUUUAAAGAGGGAAGAGGAGCCCGACUCCUUUUCACCCAUUUAUUCGAUAACGAUGUGAAGAAACAAAAUAUGUCAAUUACCCAACAUUAAUGACUGGGACAACCAAGGGCCAUGGCAAUGGUUCUUCUUCGAAGUUUCAUCUCUAUUUCAUUUAUUUAUCUAAGAAAAACUUUAUUGAAUAGAUGGUGAUGGAAAGGGGAAAAGGUCAAAGAAGAGGAACAUGGGACUACGGGAGGAAAAAAAGUGCUGUGGAUGAACCGGAUGUAGCAUUCUUCUGAUUUUCCUAUCAAAAUGUCAUCAGUGUUUUCUCCACCGAGUGACAAUGGCGAAAAUAAUGCUGGAACAGCAAUAUAUAUACUUUUGAGCUUUGUGAUUUUUGCUGUCAUUGGAGCAAUAUCUUGCUGCUUUGCUAGGAAAGUGAGGCAGGGUAUUGUAAGAGAGUUGCAAAAUGUAGUUGCUUCAGCUCCACCAACUUCGACACAUUCAGUCCCAAAUGUAGUUCAGAUUUGGGAAAUCGAUCAACCAACAAUGGAGAAGUUCAUCCGAGAAAUGGCGAAAGAAAGGCCUGUAAGGUUCACUCCUCAACAACUGUAUUGUUUCACGAGCAAUUAUUCCACACCACUUGGGUCAGGAGGAUUUGGUUCGGUCUACAAAGGUCAGUUUCCAAAUGGGGUGAAUAUUGCUGUGAAGGUUCUGAAGAGGAACUCAGAUAGACAGGCAGAGGAACAAUUUAUGGCUGAGGUAGGAACAAUUGGAAGAACUUAUCAUAUAAACUUGGUUAGGCUUUAUGGUUUUUGUUAUGAUCAAUAUAUGGGUGCAUUAGUAUUUGAGUAUAUGGAAAAUGGAUCUUUGGAUAAAUAUUUGUUUGGCAAAAAUCAAGAUAUUGAUUGGAGAAAGUUACAUGAUGUAGCCAUUGGGACUGCUAAAGCUCUUGCUUACUUGCAUGAGGAAUGCCAACAGAGAAUCAUUCAUUAUGAUAUAAAGCCAGCUAACAUUUUGUUGGAUGCAAAUUUCUCUCCCAAAGUUGGUGAUUUUGGACUUGCCAAGCUUUGCAACAGGGAUAGUACUCACAUGUCUCUCACUGGUUAUCGAGGCACACCGGGAUAUUCAGCUCCAGAGUUCUUGUUCUAUAAUUAUCCGAUAACGCACAAAUGCGAUGUGUAUAGCUUCGGAAUGGUUUUGUUUGAGAUUGUUGGAAGAAAAAGAAAUGCUGGAGUUACAGAUUCCGGGAACCCUGAUUGGUUGCCGCAACAUGUUUGGGAUAAUUAUGGAAAGGGUAAACUAGAAGAGUUUACUCGAAUGUGUGGCAUUGAAGAGGACAAUAAAGAGAGAGCAAACAGAAUGUGUGAGGUUGCUUUGUGGUGCGUUCAAGACUCUCCGGACGACCGACCACCAAUGAGUGCAGUGGUGAGGAUGCUUGAAGGAGGUGUAGAAAUAAUGCCACCACCAAAGCCAUUUCUUUACUUGGAUGCAACUGCAAAAAGAAAUGUGCAACAAACUAGUAAUAGUUCAGAUUAUUCAACUUCCAAUGAAGAAAGUGGUUCAGUAUGGUACAAGGACACUCCAAUAAUGAAGAAGUACGAAAUACAGAUAGCUAGUUCUUGAUUUUUGGAAAAAAAAAAAAAUAAUUAUGGUCUUAGGCUUAAACAUGUUUUUUUUUUCCCUUUCUUUAAAGCUUAAAAAAUGCAGUGUAAUCCAUUAGAAAUGAAAUUAAAACAGUUAGAGUCCGUUUGGAUUAUCUAUGAAAAAAAUAUUUUUUAUAAAAUGAGUUUAAAAUCAAAAUA